AACGAGGAUCCUGAUCCAAAGGCUGAGGAGGAACACUGAAACACAGUCCACUUCCCUCGAGCCAUAGGAGGAGGAGGAAGAGGAGGAGGAGGAAUGGGAGGAGUGAGAAAGUGAAAACAGCAGAGCGAGAGAGGGGAAAGUAACAGAAGGGGAGAGAGAGGCUGAGGGAAGCUCUCUGGUCAAGGUCUGACACUAGACUCCUGCUGUUAAACCACGUGGAGUCAAACCGCAACAGCUCCUGCAGACAUUGGCAGCCAGUGGCGGGAAACGUUCUGUUUCUCCGUCUUCUUCCACACUUUGGACAUUUACCAGUUUUCCUUAAGCUAAAGUUUAACAGCAGGUGAACCGAAGAGAAAAUGUGCUUGUGGAAACACUGAGAUAAAGCUGUCGUUUCUUUAACGGAGUUUGGUUUGGGGAUGUUUUUCAGAUUUCAGCUGUUGGUGCAGUGGAUCAUCUGACUGAAGGAUUUACUAAAGGAAAUACAUCAAGAUGUCAAUUUGAUGUGAGCAACCCCUUUUACACCCUUUUUGGAGCCCCUUUCAAGCAAUCACUAAACCAUUAGAAGCUGGUGCCUUGCUCAAGGGCACCUCAGCAGUCGCUGGAGGCUGCAGACGCGCUCGCAAAUCAGCUGGUCUGGGAUUCAAACUGACCUCUUGCAGGAUUACAGGAACAUCUGCGCAAAGAGGAACUUCUAACAUGGACUUUUUGUGACGGAGUUCCGAACCUCGAGGCAGUUCACCUCCCUGAAGAUGUAGUAGUCCAGAGUGGGAGGGCAGAGGAUAUAAUGUGACGCAGAUGAUGGUUUUGCUGUCCGUGCGAUGCCAAGAGGGAGGCAAGCUCUCGCGAGUGUGUGUCUGUGUCUUGUCUGUCUGAUCGUUCUGAUGCCGCAGCUGGCCGCCCGACCCUGCGCUCAAGACACCAUUAAAAAGGUCCAGCACCUCAUCAAUGUCGAAGCCCCCAAAUUGAAGGGGUUGAACUGCAGCCUGUACACGCCCACCGUCGACCACUACAAGCAGAAAUGCCCCGGGGCCACGAUGAAAUGUUUCGCUGGCGAAAUGAUCGUCCUCCUUGAUGAGUGGGAGAUCACAGAAGCACACCUUACAAAACUGAAAACAACCCUUACAAGGCUAGCAGAACAAUUAAACACGACGGAGUCAGGGUGUAUCCAGUGUGAGCUCUUCGAAGUGGAAGCACCAGAAACCUUCCUCAGAAAUCUUCUUAAAACUCUUCAUGAGAUGAACACUGUGCACUGCCCAAAAAAGACUAGAUGAGACUAGAUUUUGCUUUUGUCGUGGACUUUUCAUAUUACCAGAGCAUAAAUAAAGUGCAUAAUGCAUGAUG